CUACAAUCUGGUGCUUCCAUUUUGGUGCUAGAGUUCACAAAAUCCUGGAAGAGUCACUGCCGAGCUCGGUUUUGUAUCCCUCGAGAGCGGUGGGAGAAGCCAAACAUCGAGUCAGAGUACCGACUUAAUCUCAAGGACCUCAUCGAGCCUGAUCGCUUCUACCACGUCUCUUGUGUUGAACAGAUCCUGGAUCUCAGCACCCUUCUAGAAUCAAAGCAGCUCCUGCACGAUUGGGGGUUGGCACUCCAAGGUAGUUUAUUCGGAGUCAGCACUUGCUGUUAUCCCAUCCAUAUUGCAAUUGACGACUGGUUGGAGAACGCUGGCUCUUCAUUCGACCUUGGUGAAUAUAAAGAUCACAAGGAAGCACACAAGAACUGGGAAACACUCACGCUAUUUCGAUUUACGGGUCACUUUAAACACACACAGGAUGGAGACACUGAGUGUUCAUGUUGCCCAGAACCUGAGAGACCA